AUACGAUUCAAAUACAAUUCAGCAGUCGCCUCGAGUAGACGUAUAGCGCACGCCACAAAAGUUUUCCAUUAAGCAACAAAAAGCAAAAUAAAGGAAGAGAGACAGAAAGUCGUGUUGAGUUGCAUAUGAAGUGCAUUUUUGAAUCGCGAGUUCAAGAACGGAAAAGCAAACGUCAAAGAACGAACGCGCACUAAAAUUAAAGUGGAAAUCGAAACGUCUAGAACAGAAGUCGAAGUUUUUGAUUGAAAACCUGCAUAGUUUUGUCUGUUUUUUUUUUUUUGGUAUUUGAGCUGUGUUGAUUUUUGUUUCGUGCGUGCUGAGUAAAGAACAACAACAACGAAAUGGCUUUUAUGAUGCCGGUUAUGAAAAACAACUAUGAUAUCUAUAAGGAUACGCGUGCCCGCUCCCGCAAAACAUCCGAAUGCUCGAACGUGAGCAGUGGCAACGGCACCUCAGCCUUGGCCAGCGCCCUCGCUACGCCGGGUCAGCCGUCGCAGCAGCAACAACGUCGGCGCAAGGUGUCCGAAUGUAAGUCAGAAAGUUUUGCAACGUCACCGUCGCACGGGCAACUAGGCACACAUCGCAUGCAGAUGCAGCGCUGUCACAGCUCGCGCGGCUUCACCCGCAACACUUCACGGAGCUCCCACGGCGGCUCCAUGAUGCAAAUGUCGCAGGCAGCAAUGAUGUCGCCUACGCGCUCGAGUCCACCCAGCCGAACGCAGACAGCCUCGGCGCUAGAACGACAGGCGGCAGCGCAGGCCGCUGCGCAGUCAGCAGCAGCGGCAGCGACGGCGCAGCGGGAGGAGCGGGCAGCUGAGCAGAGCAACGAUUAUACGAAAUUCCAUAUGCGUUUGGUUGACAAGCUCCGCAAGUCCUUUCGCAAGGACAGCAGCAAGCGCUCAUGAGAACACGUCACACACACAAACAGCAACAGCAGCAGCAACCACAACAACAACAACCACAAUAGCAGCGUCGGCGGCGGCAACAAUAACAACAUUAAUGGCUGGCAGUACGACAGUGACGCUGGCAGCAUACAACAGCCGCCGCCGUCGCUGCCAACGCAGAGUUCUAGUGUUGUCAGCCGUUUGGGCCGACGCUUUAAACGCUGUUGCCAAGCGUUCGGCGCAGCCGCUGUCAUUGCCGGCGGCGCAGCUGCGCCUGAGCUGGACUUUAAUGACGGCAGCGAUGGCGGCGGCAGCGCUGAGCAUCUAACCGCUGGCAGUCCGUACGCCAUACGUCGCUGUCGACGUCGCUGUAGCAGCGGCAGCAGCAUUAAUCGCCUGAAGCUGCGACUGCGCCGAUCGACCUCGUCGCCGGGCUAAGCUCAUCACAGCGGCAGAGAAUUGCGCUUGCAUUUGGGAUAUGGAUACAAAAGAAAUUCGAAAUCGAAAUUCGGUUAUUCGAAUACUGGAAGUGCUAGGAAUGCAGCAUGACGGCGGCGACUGAGCACGCAGCGUUAACUGCGUGUGCCGAAAAUGUGGAAUAGGGUCGCAGCAGACAACGGCAAGCGCGAGCGCGAUCGUGGGCAGAGCGUCAAAUAGCGGCAGUAGCGAACAUACAGAAACAGGUAGCGAGGACGCGGUGGCAUGUUGAAUAAGUUGCCAGCUGUUUGCAAAUUGUUUUUUAAAACUACUUUUUUUCGCUUAAAUU